UUUUUAAAUGAAAAGGUAUGCAAAUAUACAGAACUAAGUUGUGUUACUAGAAAAUCAAAUUAGAAUUUGUAAAUCUAGAAUCAAAAAAGUAUAGACAAUUUCAAUUUAAAUAAGUUUGGGGUUAAAUCAACUCCUUUUGUUUUAAAAAGCUGAUUUUAGUUACUGAUAGUUUAUCAUUAUAUAUGAAGAUAGUUUUAGGAUGGCAAAUCUAUUUUCAUAAACACAGAUUAUUUAGUCAGACAAUGAAAAUGUUUUUAUUAGCAGGUAUAGCAAAGAAAAGCAGAUGCCUUAUAAUAAAUAGGACCUUGUGUUCUAAAUUCAGAGUUAUGAGUGGUCCAUAUAAAAGUGGGGAAAAGCUACAGAGGAAGGGAAUACCUCGUGCCUACAAGCCCUGACUGUUUCGGAAUGUCAUGUUCCUUCUAAUACUGGAAGUGAUGGUCUGGACUAUGUGGUAAUUUUUUACAACUCAUGAUGUGAAAAAAAAUCUCAUGUAAAUAUAUUUCUGCUAUUUUUCUUACAAUGUAUAAAAUCUAUGAGUUAGGAAUUAUGUUCCUAAAAAUAACACCCUGGUAUUCCACAUCAAAGAAGAAAUUAUAACGGGAAGGUAAUAAUUAACAGACAUUUAGAAGACUUUAUGGAAAAACUGAUUUUGUGUUACCUAUUAAAAAAUAAAUAAAUAAAAAGCAACCUCCCCAAAAUGCUGCUGAUGUUCACGGAGAAAAAUGACUGUGUAAACACAUUCCAUUUUAUAAGACUAAAAUGCAGAAAUAAUAAGCUGAAACAAUUUUCAUGAGGGUGGAUUCUGAUCCCUUAAGAACUUAGGCAGAGACUUAGGGCACGUAUCCUCCCCAGAAGUGGAACUACGUGCCCUGGGUGAUGUCACCAGCGACUAGUAACCACCGCAGUGUAAACAAACAUCAGCAGGAAAUACAUGUGGGUAGGGCAAGGGUCUAGAGGCAUGCUUUCCUUCUAGAAAAGUCUCACGCCUUUCAAGGCUAGUGUUUUUGUUUUGUUUUAAGGAAGAAAGGGGACGCAACAUAACUCUUGCCUUCUGCUACAGAAACCUUUAGUUUCGUGGGCAGUGUCUUUCCUUGACGAAUGGAAUCCUUGCUGGCAGUCUCUGUAGUGUUGAGAAGUACAGGACUCUUGGCUCUUGCUGCACUUAUUGGUUGCUUGCCCCAGACUGAAAAUCUUGUCUGUGAAACUGCUCAGAGGAAAGUUUCAAGUUACCAGAACUAGGCAAGCCCACUGAGGAGCAGGAGCAGGAGGAGAGGAGCAGGAGGAGGAGGAGGAAGAGGAGGAGGAGGGACCAUUGAAGAGCAGAAGGAGUAGGGUGCGGGGGAGGAGGAGGAGCGCCUUUAGUGCUGCAGCAGCUGCUCCUCUGAUUGGCCGGGUGGUUCAGCUGCUUCCCUGGAACAAAAGGUCAAAGUGGACUGCAGUGUAAAUGUAGAGAAGCAGCCGAUAAAAUAGCAUUGCCUGAAGAAGUUUGGAGGCUGAGAGCAGCAGCAGACUGGCCAACUGCAGAGCAAGUUGUUUCUCCAGCCGUGCGGUGCAGCCUCAUGCCCCCAAGCCAGCUUAGCCACUGUAAGAAGACGUUCACUGUACAGACGACCAAACUUGCCGUGGAAGAGACAGUUGUGAGAUUCCCUUGCAAAUUUACAUACGAGAAUGGCUUGUGAAAUCAUGCCUCUGCAAAGUUCGCAGGAAGAUGAAAGACCUAUUUCACCUUUCUAUUUGAGUGCUCAUGUACCCCAAGUCAGCAAUGUGUCUGCAACCGGAGAACUCUUAGAAAGAACCAUACGAUCAGCUGUAGAACAACAUCUUUUUGAUGUUAAUAACUCUGGAGGUCAAAGUUCAGAGGACUCAGAAUCUGGAACACCAUCAGCAUCUUCUGCCACAUCUGCCAGACAGCGCCGCCGCCAGUCCAAGGAGCAGGAUGAAGUUCGACGUGGGAGAGACAAGGGACUUAUCAACAAAGAAAAUAUUCCUUCUGGGUUCAACCACCUUGAUGAUUGUAUUUUGAAUACUCAGGAAGUUGAAAAAGUACACGAAAAUACUUCUGGUUGUGUUGGAGAAAGGAGCAAACCUAAACGUCAGAAAUCCAGUACUAAACUUUCUGAGCUCCAUGACAAUCAAGAUGGUCUUGUGAAUAUGGAAAGUCUAAAUUCCACUCGAUCUCAUGAGAGAACCGGACCUGAUGGUUUUGAACGGAUGUCCGAUGAAAGGAAAGGAGGUGAAAAAGAUGGUGGACACACUCAGCAUUUCGAGAGCCCCACAAUGAAGAUCCAGGAGCAUCCUAGCCUAUCUGACACUAAACAGCAGAGGAAUCAAGAUGCCGGUGACCAGCAGGAGAGCUUUGUCUCCGAAGUGCCCCAGUUGGACCUGACUGCAUUGUGUGAUGAAAAGAACUGGGAAGAGCCUAUCCCUGCUUUCUCCUCCUGGCAGCGGGAGAACAGUGACUCUGAUGAAGCCCGCCUCUCGCCGCAGGCUGGGCGCCUGAUCCGUCAGCUGCUGGACGAAGACAGCGACCCCAUGCUCUCUCCUCGGUUCUACGCUUAUGGGCAGAGCAGACAAUACCUGGAUGACACGGAAGUGCCUCCUUCCCCACCAAACUCGCAUUCUUUCAUGAGGCGGCGAAGCUCCUCUCUGGGGUCCUACGAUGAUGAGCAAGAGGACCUGACGCCUGCCCAGCUCACACGAAGGAUUCAGAGCCUUAAAAAGAAGAUCCGGAAGUUUGAAGAUAGAUUUGAAGAAGAGAAGAAGUACAGACCUUCCCAUAGUGACAAAGCAGCCAAUGCAGAGGUUCUGAAAUGGACAAAUGACCUUGCCAAAUUCCGGAGACAACUUAAAGAGUCAAAACUAAAGAUAUCUGAAGAGGACCUAACUCCCAGGAUGCGGCAGCGAAGCAACACACUUCCCAAGAGUUUUGGUUCCCAGCUUGAGAAAGAAGAUGAGAAGAAGCAAGAGCUGGUAGAUAAAGCAAUAAAGCCCAGUGUUGAAGCCACGUUGGAAUCUAUUCAGAGGAAGCUCCAGGAGAAGCGAGCGGAAAGCAGCCGUCCUGAGGACAUUAAGGAUAUGACCAAAGACCAGAUUGCUAAUGAGAAAGUGGCUCUGCAGAAAGCUCUGUUAUAUUAUGAAAGCAUUCAUGGACGGCCGGUAACAAAGAACGAACGUCAGGUGAUGAAGCCACUAUAUGACAGGUACCGGCUGGUCAAACAGAUCCUGUCCCGAGCCAACACCAUACCCAUCAUUGGUUCCCCCUCCAGCAAGCGGAGAAGCCCUUUGCUGCAGCCAAUUAUCGAGGGCGAAACUGCUUCCUUCUUCAAGGAGAUAAAGGAAGAAGAGGAGGGGUCAGAAGACGAUAGCAAUGUGAAGCCAGACUUCAUGGUCACUCUGAAACCCGAUUUCAGUGCACGAUGCUUUCUGGACCAAUUCGAAGAUGAUGCUGAUGGCUUUAUUUCCCCAAUGGAUGAUAAAAUACCAUCAAAAUGCAGCCAGGACACAGGGCUUUCGAAUCUCCAUGCUGCCUCAAUACCUGAACUCCUGGAACACCUCCAGGAAAUGAGAGAAGAAAAGAAAAGGAUUCGAAAGAAACUUCGGGAUUUUGAAGACAACUUUUUCAGACAGAACGGAAGAAAUGUCCAGAAGGAAGACCGCACUCCUAUGGCUGAAGAAUACAGUGAAUACAAGCACAUAAAGGCAAAACUGAGGCUCCUGGAGGUGCUCAUCAGCAAGAGAGACACGGAUUCCAAGUCCAUGUGAGGGGCGACCCCCGCCCGAGCACAGGGGGCUGGCAGCUGCAGUGAGAGUUUACUCUCCCCUGAGAAAGAGCAGCUCUGGAAGGCAGCCUUGGAGCUGGCCCUGCAAAGCAUGCGGCCCUUCUGCCUCUAGACCAUUUGGCAUCGGCUCCUGUUUCCAUUGCCUGCCUUAGAAACUGGCUGGAAGAAGACAAUGUGACCUGACUUAGGCAUUUUGUAAUUGGAAAGUCAAGAUUGCAGUGUGUGCACAUGCGCCUGCGCACAGACACACACACAUACACACACACAGUAGUGGAGCUUUCCUAACACUAGCAGAGAUGAAUCACUACAUUAGACAACACUCAUCUACAGAGAAUAUACACUGGUCUUCCCCGGAUAACUGAGAAACAUGAGACCAUUCUCUGUCUAACUGUGAUAAAAACAAGCUCAGGACUUUAUUCUAUAGAGCAAACUUGCUGUGGAGGGCCGUGCUCUCCUUGGACCCAGUUAAGUGCAAACGUGCAUUGGAGCCCUAUUUGCUGCCGCUGCCAUUCUGGUGACCUUUCCACAGAGCUGCGCCUUCCUCACGUGUGUGAAAGGGUUUCCCCUUCAGCCCUCAGGUAGAUGGAAGGUGCAUCUGCCCACAAUGGCAGUACAGUCAUCAUCUUCAGGGUGUUUCUUCAGGACUUCCUCAGCUGACAAGGAAUUUUGGUCCCUGCCUAGGACCGGGUCAUCUGCAGAGGACAGAGAGAUGGUAAGCAGCUGUAUGAAGGCUGAUUUUAAAACCAGCUGAUGGGAGAAGAGCCUGGAGAUUCUUUCCUGAACACUGACUGCACUUACCAGUCUCAGAUUUUAUCAUCAAAUACCAAGCCAGGCCAGCAUGCUUAUGGCAACCUGUUUGGGGCUGUUUUGUUGUGGCACUAGCCAAACAUAAAGGGGCUUGCUUAAGUCCUAGCCUGCAUACAGAGGAUCAGGGGAGAGAAGGGGCCUGUGUUCCCAGCCUCCUGAGUACUUACCAGAGUUUAAUUUUUCAAAAAAUAUCUGCACUAAAAUACCCAAACUGACGGGUAAAUGUAGCCCUCAGAGCUCAGCCCAAGGCAGAAUCUAAAUGACACUAUUUUCGAGAUCGUGUAUAAAAAGAAAAAAAUGUCAUUCUGUCUGGCCAAUUAUAAUUUUUUUCAAAGACUGUCACAAAGCUGUCUAUAUUAGACAUUUUGGAGGGACCAGGAAAUGUAAGACACCAAAUCAUCCAUCUCUUCAGUGUGCUUGAUGUCACCUUGUGAUGUGUUGUUACUUUAACUCCUGCGCUGAGGACAGUGGGUUCUGGGUCCACCUUUGUGCUCUGCGAGGCCGAGCCCAGGCGUCUGCCCGCCCGCCAUGGCUGACCAGAGAAGGUGCUUCAGGAGCUCUGCCUUGGACGACAAGUGUUACAGGAUGAACACACAGCAGAGCCACCCUCCUGUAUGUUUUGAAAGUUGCCUUCUUAAAGGGCGCAGUUUUAAGGAAAAGAAAAAGAAUGUAAAACUAUACUGACCAGUUUUCAGUUUUAAAGGGUCGUGAGAAACUGGCUGGUCUAAUGGGAUUGACAGCAACAUUUUCCAUUGCUGAAGUGAGGUAGCAGCUCUCCUCUGUCAGCUGCAUGUUAAGUCAAGGAUGGGGAAAAAGAAUGCCUUUAAGUUUGCUCUUAAUCGUAUGGAAGCUUGAGCUAUGUGUUGGAAGUGCCCUGGUUUUAAUCCACACUCAAAGACGGUACAUAAUCCUACAGGUUUAAAUGUACAUAAAAAUAUAGUUUGGAAUUCUUUGUUCUACUGUUUACAUUGCAGAUUGCUAUAAUUUCAAGGAGUGAGAUUAUAAAUAAAAUGAUGCACUUUAGGAUGUUUCCUAUUUUUGAAAUCUGAACAUGAAUCAUUCACAUGACCAAAAAUUGUGUUUUUUUAAAAAAUACAUGUCUAGUCUGUCCUUUAAGUAACAGCUCUCUUAAAUAAGCUAUGAUAGUAAUCAGAUCAUUACCAGUUAGCUUUUAAAGCACAUUUGUUUAAGACUAUGUUUUUGGAAAAUAUGCUACAGAAUUUUUUUUUAAUGCUACAAAUAAAUGAGAUGAUGCUACUAAUUGUUUUUGGAAUCUGUUGUUUCUGCCAAAGGUAAAUUAACAAAAGAUUUAUUCAGGAAUCCCCAUUUGAAUUUGUAUGAUUCAAUAAAAGAAAACACCAAGUUAUAUAAAAUAAAUUGUGUAUGGGAUGUUGUGUUUUCCUUGGUAAUUUCCACUAACUUAUAUCUUCAUGGAAUGGAGCCCAGAUGAAAUGAGGGGAAGCCCUUCUCACAGUAGAUCUUAUUUGAAGACAUGUUAGUCAGUGGUUUCUGGCUCUGCCAAGGGAGAUACGUUCCCCAGCAACCAUUUCAGCAGCCCGGAAUCUCAAGGCACUAGAAGCGGUGUCUUAAUUGGCUUCAUACAGACAGAAUGCUCUGGACUGGGGUUUUUCCUUUGCUGUCUUAGAAAUGUGUGUUUAUUAGCACAUACCAACAAAAUAAACGUCAAGAGUUAUUUCGUAAGUCUAAACUUAAGAAUUAAAGAUGGCAGACUUAUAA